CUAGAUUCGCGUAAACUUCAAAUAAUAUGACGAAAUAGUACUAAUAUUAUCAAGUUUAGAACCUCGACAAGACACUAGCAGGAACUCGCAUUCACAGCAUGUGGUGCAUUAUUGUUAUAGUUUUAGGAGCGAAAUAGAAUAUUUAAGUGUACAGUGAAUACAUUGGUUAUCUAUCACAAUCUGAAAUGCCAGUUCUGUUUAUUGGACACUGAAUGUUCACUUUGACUUGGUAGCGCUCUCUGAAAUAAUUCGUUUACGAUGUCAGAUUCGUCCGAUGUGACCGAAGUGGAUGAAUCUUGGAAAGUUAACCUUGAAAUCGCACUGUUAGAGGAUGCUGACAUUUUUCGGAUUCGGGAUAUCUGUGCCAUGCGUCCUGUCCCUGAAAACCUACGCCCUGACGUUUGGCGCAUAUGUCUAAGGUUGGACACGCAGUCGCAAGCCAUGGCUACAUUUAACGAUGUUUUUGAAUUAGAAAAUCAGUCGCAACUUCACGAAGAUUGUGAAUUGGCUUCUGAGGUGUUAUUUAAUCGUUUGACCGAAGAGCAUAGUCUUAAACAGUCAAAAAAUAUUUCUAAUCUAUCAGUGAACAGUGAUAAUGAUGAUUCAGAUCUAGAAGCGUCAUCCCUCAAUGUGUUCCUUCCUCCAGCUGCAAAGAUAUCUAGUGAUUUAGAAUCUGUUUUAACACAUUUCGCUCAGACUUAUUGUCUGAAAUAUAGUUCAAACAACGGUUGGGUAUCGAUACUUAAAGUACUUUUCAUUGUCCUGAAACCGACCAGUCGGUCGGAACUGUAUGCGAGUUUUGUUUCAUUCUAUCAUCGUUUCGUUGCUACGGGAGUAAAUAUUGAUCAGUGUGUAAGCAUAGUUUUCCGUUUGUUGUUGCAAUAUCAUGAACCAAAGUUGUGCAGCUUUUUGGAUUCAUUAAAAAUUAGUCCUGAAAGUUAUUUCAUACCAUGGAUGUCAAGUCUUUUUGCUGAUUUUAUAUCAGAAGAUGUUAUACCAUCCCUAUGGGAUUUGUACUUCUUAAAGUCGGACCCUUUGCUUGGCUUCUAUAUUGGUUUACUACUUAUUGUUAAUGCCAAGUCCGUUCUACUUUACCAACAGUUCGAUAGCACUGAGGACAAUGAAAAUGAUUCAAAUACAAAUAAUUUACUUUCGUAUACUAAUGAUCAGACAUUUUUCGAAAAGGUUAGAAAUUUAAUAAUUAAUCUUCCUAAACCUAUGUGUGUUGGUGAUUUGACAAGUUUAGUUGAUAUUAUAGAAGUUUUCAUCAAUAACACGCCGAUUUCUUUUCGGUCUCGAUACCUUCCUAUACUUUUUGGCAACGCUCAAAUUGAGUCAGAACGUUCAGUUUUAUUCGAUGCCUUAUGCAUGCCGAUUACUAUUCAAGAAGUCCUCGAUGCCCAAUCAAUUUGCCUACAAGAUUAUGGUCUUAAUAAUUCGUCCAUUACACUAUCAGAUAACCCAUCUGACUCGACACCUGAUCUUCGCUACCUUCUUGUUGAUUGUCGUCCCGCAGAGCAAUAUAAUGCUGGGCACUUACCAACUGCUUUUUUCCUGGACUCAUCUUUGAUUAUGUCUGAACCCUUAAAAUUUCAAAAUGCCGUUAAGUUCUUAUUAUCAACUCAAGAACGAUCACUUGCUGCUGGUUCAUAUGCUGUUGGAAAGCAUAUCACAUUUUUAAGCACUGGGAGAAAAGACGAAGAUCAAUUAGCUAAUAUGGUUGUAGCUGAGUUUCUCCGGCAAAACACAGCAUAUGUCAGUUUGAUUGAAGGUGGUUAUACAGCUUUACAUGAAGUCUUAGGUACUUAUGAAGUUGGUAGGAGCUUAAUUGGUCAUGAACCUACAAUAUGUUUAGGAUGUAUUGGAGGAAAAAAUUUUGUUCCUUCAUCAACUUCUUCUGAUAGUAAAAUGGAGUCACGUUUAAUAAAUGAAAAAGCAAAAGUACAACCGGUUAGUUCUUCGAGUGUUGGUUUAUUCUCUAAAUUCUCAAGUGCAAUUUUUAAUACUGGCCGUAGUUUGGAUCAAGUACCAAAACUUUUGAAACUUUCAGGUGUAAGUUCAGUGCCAACAACAUCGAUCAAAACUCAUAUAACCCCUACAUACCAACCUGUUCAGAAUAAAGAAACAAAAAAACCCGUUGCUUACAGAAAUACAUCAUCUGUAUUUAGUAUUGAUGAUGACUAUGACGAGGACGAUCUGUGUGAGGAUGAGGCGGAAACCAUUACAAACAGUCCCAAUCGUACAGAGAAAGAAACAAAAAAUGCGACGUUAUCUGAACAGUCAACUUGGUUAACACGUUUUAUUAAAGCAUCUACACAAGUUGCACCUGAUAUGGAUGGGGAUUUUCCCUCUCGAAUCGAUGGUAUGGACAGCUGUGAAGUUGGCGAUUUAAUUGAUACUACCCGGUGGUCUAGACGUCCAGAAGUAAGAGGUGUAUUUAGUACGCGAUUUUUAAGGCCUAAUGGACAAUUAGGCGAUAGUGGUUUACUUGUUUUAGCAGAACGUCAUUUAAUUUUGUUGCGUCAUCCAACUCCUCGACUUCCUAACCAACUCAUCAACUCUCUUAGUUCUACUUUACAGUCUGUUUUCAACAAAAAGAAUCCAAAAUCAUCUGAAUAUUCGGCUAUUCAAAAACCGACUACAGAUCUCCCAAAGUAUGCUGUUGUUUAUCGGUCACUUCCUUUAUCUAUGGUGGUGAAAAUCACCUCAAAUCGUCGCUUUCCGGAAUGUAUUACAUUUCACUACUGUCCACAUGACGAAGGCGAUAUGUUAAAAUUAAACAAUCAAUCAUUAUUUAGUAUGAAAGAUCGAUUAUAUAUCAAUAAAGCAGGCGAAGCAGUGAAAAUGGUAAAAACUGCCAUCUUUACUACUGUUGCACCAUUGGAAAUGUAGUAUUGCUCAUAUUGUAGUCUUAUUUUAUUAUUUUCUUUGUACAAUGUGUAUUUUGCACUAAUGAUUUUAUUUAUAUUUCUUAUGUCAUCUAUCAAUCAGGAAAGUUGGAUUUUGAAAGUAAAGUUUUUAUUUUUCGUACAUUUCUUCUAAUUUGAACAAUAACUUUGUUUUGAUUACAUAAAACUGUGAUGUUUAGUGAAAAAUAGUAUAUAGAUGAACUUUUUUAGUAUUAUCCUUUCAAUCACCAAUGCAAUUUCCAAUCAUAUCACUGUAAUUAUGGUUAACCUUACUCACUCUCUUAUCUUCAAGGUCAAAGUCUCGUUUUGUUCAUGUUGAAAUGUUUUUCUUAUUUGCAAUUAUCAAACAAGCUAUGCAUUAAUUUCUUUCGUUUAAUUUAACUAGUUUUUACUAAACAGAUUAUCAAACAGAUGAAUCUCUCUCUCUCUCUCUCUAUAUAUAUAUAUACAUAUAUAUAUAUGAAUUCUUGAACAUAUGUGGUGAACCUGUCAGUGCUGCAAAAAUCACGCCAUAGAGAUGAUCUGAUGAAAUUUCAGUGCAAUCGUCCGUCUACAUCAAAUAAGAGGGGAGAAUUGAAGCGAGUAUAUGAGUGGUGAUGCUUGUUCUGGGAGAAGUUUCGAUAGUUUGACAGUCCACAAAAUAUUUUCAUCGGCAGUGCUUAAUAACAUUCAAAGGUACUCUACACAUCUGAGGCACUCAACUGUUUGCAAGCUGUACUGCAGUUCUAAAGAUAUUGAAAAUGCCCUCACCAGAAAAACUCGUCCCGGAACAAUCGUUCUCACUUUGGGAUUCACAAUAGUUUCCGUAGCAUCAACAAGCUGAUUCACUUAAUGUACACACUCUUUAGAAACACUAAAGCAGUUAAAAGUGGAGGGAGUGAAUAUUAGAGACGAUGAUGAAUAAUGUUUUGCAAAAUUGAUGUUUGCAAUGCAACUUCACGGUUUCCUAUCUAACUCCCAAUGAAUGGCGCUAAUUUUGCACUAAAGAAACUAUUAGUUUUAUGUCGUAGUUGUGUUAUGUUCAAGUUUAGUAAUCUCCGUUACAAUACCAAGUUGUUUGCAAGAUGCGUUAGUGUUUAACUGACAAAAGGUAACGUGAAAUCGAAUACUAGACAACUGUCUUCAUGUUCGCCUAGUUCGAAUAUGUCACAUUUGUGCGGGCAUAUCAAAUUUCGUCUGCUAACCCAUUAUAUUUUAUGCAUUAUCCUUCAAAUCUGCUUGAUAUAUAUGAAGUGUUACUGAAGAUAAUGUUACAGUCGUAUAUAAAGUAUUGUAUAUUACAUUUUUAUCUUAGGUAAGGGAAAGAUACAAAAAAGGCAAAGUUAUUUAACAGAUUUCAGAAAUACGUAAAAACAAAUAAUUCCACAGAUAACAUUUAAUCAAAAAACAAAUGCCCCAUUUCCAUUCGACGAUUCUAUCAUCUUAGUAAAUGGUUUCUGACUAUCUUCCCGAACUCGUAAAUGUGUUCUGAGUAGGAUGUGCUCCAAAACACCAAUUCUGAUGUCCAUCGUAGUAAUCUCUGACUUAAGACGCUGGAUAGCUUGUCUAAUACGCACUACAGAAGAACUGUCUGUCAUACUCAAACCUUUCUCGUCCAUCUCUGUUUUGACACGUUCCAGUUCUUCACUGAUUUCAGCUAAAGUACGACUUCGAGUAGUGAUUCCGCCACUUGCUUCUCGAUACUUGGCAUUUAUGUCACUUAAGCUAUCCUAUAAUAAAAAUAUAAGUCUAAAAAGAUUAUACAUGUAGCAGUAUUAGUAGUUUGUGAAAUAUUGCUUUGAGCAUACAGGUAAGACAUUUGCUUGUAGUACUUACGAAAUAAGUUAUUUUUGGGAUAGUACUUUUCACAAUAUUACUAAUUGUAUGCAUGUUCUAAGUAGUCGUUAUUAAGUUCUUAGUAUUUACAUCUUUUUUAGAGCACUACCAAUAAUUUUUUUCAUGAUUUUCCUGAGCUUCUGAUGACAUCACUAUUUUGACAUUUUUAAUUGGUAGCUUAUUGUAGUAAGCCCAUUAUAUUUUUUAUUACCUACAUGCUGUAAUUUAGACAAUUAAUUCACUGUAAAAUUAUGUUUGAAUCUGAUUGAAAGCAUGUCUACACCUUAAUAUUUGUCCAUCCUCAUUGGUUGUAAACACAGGUAACCGAUAACUUUACCUACAUAUUGAUUAACACAAAAUACAUAUACAUAUUUCGACUUUUUACUUCCCGCUGUGCUUGCCGCUUUCUCGUUUGUGGAUUUUACUAAUUAAUAACAAUACACUGUCACAACAACUGG